CCCCUCACAAUGAAGACACGUAUAAUUGAGUGGGAGCAUGCAGCAAUCCACGCGUCAGACUUCAUUCUACUACGUGCAUAAUCAGCGUGCUUAUCUCUUACAUUCACCGAAGAUCAGAGAGAUUCUACUCUUGUUUCUCAAUAAACCCUUUUCAAAGAAAUAGGCAGAUCUGAAGAAAAUAACACACAAAGACAAGAUGAUGAACAUAUUAGCUCUGGGUCUUGUGCUAACGUCACUGGUUACAGGGGCGAUGUGGUCACCUCCUUCCCCUCCGUCUGACCACAGCGAGGUUAUUGUGAAAGAAGGCCACCGUGUGGUCGUUGUUGAAUACGAAAAAGAAGCCGACGGCCACACCAAGGUGUUAAUUUCACCACAAGAUACCUCUAAUGCCUCCGGCGAGAAGAAGCAGAAGCAGGCGGUGGAGGAGGAUGAAGCGGAUCAAGGGAAGUUCUCUGGUCCAAGAGAGCUUGUUUGUGAUGCUUUUGGUAAGUGCAAGCAUAAGAUUGCACAAGCUCUUGGGAAAACAAAAGACACGGUUUCGGAAACAGCCCAUGGAAUGGAAGAACAUGUGAAGGAUGCAGCCAGAGGAGCCGUAGGAAAGGCCAAAGAUGCAGAAGAACGUGCAAAAGAGGGUGUGAAUGAAGUAUAUGAGAAAGGCCAAAAUCUCAAAGACAAAUUAUCUGAAAAGGUCACGGGCCAUACGAUUGGAGAGUCUUUAGGCAAGGCCAAGGACAGCGUGGCUCAUGGAAUCGGUAAGGCGAAGAAGGUCGCAGAGGAUGUUGUGGACACUGUAAAAGAUGGCGCUCUCAAAGCAAAGAACUUCGAUGUAGUGGAUUCACCAAAACGAAUGGGAGAAGAUAUACAGAGAAACGUGACAGGGAAAGUUGAAGAAGGUGCUCAACAUAUGAUGAAUCAAGCCAAGGAAACUGCAGGGAAUGUGCAGAAGGUGGUUGGGCAAAAGAGCUUCGGUGAGAUUCUAAGCAAGUUAAAAGAAGUGACAUCUGAUGUAAUAUGGUACAUGGUGUCUCGUGAUAAGGUGGAUGCAGUGAUUGGGUUGAUUCAUAUGCUUGGGUUCUCAACUGCAUACGGUAUGUGCGUAUGGGUGACCUUUGUUUCAAGCUAUAUUUUGGGCAGGUAUCUGCCACGUCAGCAGUUUGGGAUGGUACAAAGCAGGAUAUACCCGGUGUACUUCAAGGCCAUGGCUUAUUGUGUUUCCGCUGCUUUGUUAGGGCAUGUAGCGAGUCAAUCCAAGCAGCUUUUGUCCAGCUUUGGGGAGAUGUUUCAGGGUUUAAGUCUACUUUCUGCUCUCUUGAUGGUUUUGACAAACAUGAUCUGGUUGGAACCUAGAGCAACUAAGUUGAUGUAUGAAAGAUUGAAGAUAGAGAAAGAGGAAGGGAGAGGCAUAGCGGGUGCAGCUAAAGAGGGGAUAGAAGAUGCAGGUGGUCCUACGGUGGCCAGACCUCCAGCACAUAUAGUAGCGGAGAGGCAAGAUGUUUUGAGGUUGAACGAGAAGCUCAAGAGGUUGAAUACAUACUCAUCUGCCUUCAAUGUGUUGACGCUAGUGGGCCUCACGUGGCAUAUGGCUUACAUGGGCCAACGGCUGCAAGCUACACGUUAGGCGCUUUCUACUUUCUACUCCUGGGGGUUGUUUGUAUAGUUUCUAGUUAUUGUUUUGUUCAUCAUUUCAAUAUGCAUCUUUAGUUAAUUUCCACUACUUUUGUGCUUUCUUUGUAACCUUUGUUAAAGUACAUUGUUAUAAAUGGAAAGAAAACGUUUAAUGGUCAA